CGGCCUCGCUCACGACCACCACUUCCCACGUCCCUCUUACACGAACCCACCGUCGAAGUCCUACCAACCUCCCCAGACGAGUGCCUUUCAUACAUCACCUCUAAACCCCGCGACAGCCUGUCGCCGCAGUCAACAUGCCCAGUGCCACCGGCCAGAACUGGGAGAAGUACAACAAGACCUUUGCCGACGAUGAGGUAGAAGAGAAGAAGAUCACGCCUCUGACCGAUGAGGAUAUUCAGGUACUUAAGACGUACGGGGCCGCGCCGUAUGCUGCGGAGCUGAAGAAGCUGGAGAAGGAGAUCAAGGACAAGCAGCAAAGUGUGAACGAGAAGAUAGGCGUCAAGGAAUCAGACACAGGUCUCGCACCACCACAUCUAUGGGACAUCGCUGCGGAUAGGCAACGGAUGCAGGAAGAGCAGCCGCUCCAGGUCGCAAGGUGUACAAAGAUCAUCCAGGACGAGAAGGACACGGAGAAGAGCAAAUAUGUCAUCAACGUCAAGCAAAUCGCCAAAUUCGUCGUCAACCUGGGCGAGCGGGUCAGUCCGACUGACAUCGAGGAGGGCAUGCGGGUUGGUGUCGACCGGAACAAAUACCAGAUCCUCCUCCCCCUACCGCCCAAGAUCGACCCCUCAGUCACUAUGAUGACAGUAGAAGACAAGCCCGACGUGACCUACGGCGAUGUAGGCGGCUGCAAAGAGCAAAUCGAGAAGCUCCGCGAAGUCGUCGAAAUGCCGCUCCUCUCCCCCGAACGCUUCGUCAACCUAGGCAUCGACCCGCCGAAAGGCGCCCUCCUCUACGGCCCCCCAGGAACCGGCAAGACUCUUUGCGCGCGCGCAGUAGCCAACCGCACCGACGCCACCUUCAUCCGCGUCAUCGGCUCCGAGCUCGUGCAAAAAUACGUCGGCGAGGGCGCGCGCAUGGUGCGCGAGCUCUUCGAAAUGGCCCGCACGAAGAAAGCCUGCAUCAUCUUCUUCGACGAGAUCGACGCCGUCGGCGGCGCGCGUUUCGACGACGGCGCGGGCGGCGACAACGAGGUCCAGCGAACUAUGCUGGAGCUGAUCACGCAGCUCGACGGCUUCGACUCCCGCGGCAACAUCAAGGUCAUGUUCGCUACCAAUCGCCCGUCUACUCUCGACCCCGCGCUCAUGCGUCCCGGCCGUAUCGACCGCAAGAUCGAGUUCUCGCUGCCGGAUAUGGAGGGCCGCGCGAAUAUCUUGCGCAUCCACGCCAAGAGCAUGAGCGUCGAGCGCGAUAUUCGAUGGGAGCUUAUCUCGCGGCUGUGCCCGAACAGCACGGGUGCUGAGCUGAGGAGUGUGGCUACCGAAGCAGGCAUGUUCGCGAUCAGGGCGCGGAGGAAGGUGGCGACGGAGAAGGACUUUUUGGCUGCGGUGGACAAGGUCAUUAAGGGGAACCUGAAGUUCAACUCGACGGCGACGUAUAUGCAGUAUAAUUAGAGCGUCUCUGCAGGUAAGUUGGAGGGAACGGGGUUGAUGGAUUUUGAGGUUGAUAGGGGAAGACACUUAAGCUUCAUGGCAAGGAGUUGGCGCUUUUUAGCCAUAGCGUUUCUCACGAGGUCGUCUGUAAGAGUAAAGACGGUGCGGCUGCGUUAUUAGAGACA